CGGAAAUGCAAGCAAGCAAGAAGCCAAACCAUUGCCCUCGGUACACGGGACCGGUGCUCGCCGACUGGAGCGGCGUCGCUGCGUGGAAGCGCGCCUUCCUCGACGCCGCAGCUGCGCAACGCCUGCACAAGUACUACACUGUCCCCGACUACGCGGACCCAGAGGCCAUCUCGCCUGCCCGACGCGCUGAGAUCCACGCCGCCGCCGAGGUUGCCGUGGCCCCCGUGGCGCAUGAGCUGCCGUCGGCCGCGUUUCGCGCAGCUCUACUGGCGCGCACGCAUGCCAUCAUUUUGCACGUGGAUGACACUAUGGCGACCGAGGCAGCGGCGGUUCAAGCACGCACUGUCGCAGCGGCUGUAUCCUUUUUGCUCUCGGCGCUGUCGCCCCACCUUUGUAGCAAGCUCGGCAUGUGCAAGUCGCCGUACGAGCUUUGGGCCAGCCUGCAUGCCAAGGGCAACGUGCUCAUGGACGACUGCCGCUUCUUUGGUCUUCUGGAGAACGUACGUUUGGCCGACGACGACGCGCUGCCCGACGGCCUCACGCGCGUCGAGGAGCACAUCCAGCGCUUCGUCGACGUCAUCUUUGUGCCAAGCCAUGGCUCUGAUGCGCGGCUUGUGGCGGCUGCCGAUCGCUUGAAGAUGGCACUGCUCUGCAACGCGUGCCCACCGGCGAUGGUCGACGUCUUUGAAACCUGGCGUGCCGACGAACCUGCAUGGGACUAUGCAUACAUGCGACGUCGGCUGGUUGAGCACUGGACAUCGUCGUGUCUCGACUUGGCGGCUAAUGACUCGCUGGCGCCGGCUGGCGAUACUCUACAAGCACAUGUGCGAGCUGCUGUGGGCCACGACCCAGCGACGGCAACAAGCGCGGAUGGCCGAGCAUCCAGCCUCCGCGCCGCCGCAAAAGCCAUCGACCGUGACGUCGACGGCAGCGAGGAUGACAUGGGUGCCGCUCGCGACCGAAGACGAUGA